CAUACCGUCGGGAUCUGCGCCUGUCGAGGCUGUCGUGUGUCAUUUGUACAGCGCGUUGCAGCAUGUUGUGACUAGGUCUCGCGUCUCUCCUGAUGGAAUUUGAACAUGGUGAGAACGCCAAACGCUGCGCACGUCUCCAGCAACGGCGGGGUGGUUGCACUCGCGUGUCGUUAGACUUAUCAGCGGGGUUGACGGAUUGUUCCCAGCCGCCGUCGUCCACCAUUGCGCGCUUAUCCUCGAACAGGCAGCAUGCCAAGUCCUUGCCACUAAGGCAUGUCCAUCCCGGAUGCCGCGCGCUUCCAUUAUCCAAUUCGAGUCGAAGCCGCUGCUCGAGGAGCUUCUUAAGCGCGGGUGGCACGUCAACACGCAAAGCGGCAGUGCAUUUAAUGGGAGCAUUUGCUAGACUACCUCGUGUGCGGGCGGUAUGGUCGAGCAUGUACCAUAGUAGGCCCAACGAGGGACGGCUGAGGACGUUGCUGAAUACCUCCCGGAACCGGAUGUAUUCAUUGUCACAUGUGGGGAGAAAUUUCUAUGCUAGAGCUAGAGAUUCCUUGCAUUCGGCAAUCGAGUUGCUAAUGACUGCGGAGUGGCUGGGUGUGUAGGCGUUGUUGUUGGCGGUCCAGACGAGUUGUGGCGAUGAUGGACAUGGUCUUAUUCUACAUCCAUCGCAUGUAGGCUUUGCUGAUUUGUGUGAUCUACGUGAUUUGACGACAUGGCGACUAGGAUACCCUCAUGUGGUAUUAUUAUUGCCGUGGCCUUUAACAUAUAAGUUCUGCCACUGUUUCAUGUCGUCACCUGAAUGCCUGGUUUGCCGUCCUUAUUCGUCCACGUGUGAUCCCAAGCCUAGCAUGA